GCUUUCCCUUGGCAAAAACAGGUCAACACCUUCAUCAGGACGACCAAGCUAGUCAGACCACCACGCCAUGGAGAACAACACCUACCUUUUUAGCAGCUUGCCCUACAAUCGGGAAUCAGCCCUCCUCAUGACAGCAGGUGUUGAAGUAGACCCCAACAUGUGUGCAGGACUUCUCCUGGGGUCCCUCUUCCUGGGGCUCAUCAGCUACAUCUGGGCCUUCUGGUCGCAGCGCAGCAGGCUCACAGCUUUUAAGGAAGCCUUCAUCUUGACCUUCUCAGCCCAGCAUGGGAGACUCAGGGGUGUUCAAAACAUCCACAACUUCCUUCUCAGUCUGCUCUUUAUUGAUAUUAUGAAUGCAAUCACAGCAGUCGUUUUGGUGAUUGGGUUCCUGGGGUCCACCUGCAACUCUGGAAUGGUCUUUGUCUAUGCCUUCUUUGGGUGGUUCAUAUCAAGAUGCAUGGGAGUGGUUUUACACCUCCUAAAUGCUCUGGUGUGCCUCCUUUUCCUGUUAAACCCACAACUGGGAGCCAAAUUGCGCUGUUUUCACACACUGGUGGUUCUGUUGAUGAUUGUGUUGAUCCCUUUUUAUGUAUUUUACCGCCAGGUGGCAAUAUUUGGACUGGGAACUAUCACCAUUGGGUUGGCUGUGACCAUCGUUGCAAAAUGCACAGUGCCAGCUGUGUCCCCCUCUGCUGCCGCUAGAAAGAAACCGAUUGUGCUUGUCGCCAUGCUCACAUUCUUAUUUGUCUACACCCCCCCUUUUAUUCUACAGUGCCUAAUAAUCAGUGCAAUCAACCGCGAGGAGCCGACUGAUGAGUAUCUCACAAUUUUUAUGAAGUCUCUUUUUUUCACAAGCUUUCAUCUCCUAAUGGAUGGACUCCUGUGUUUUCUUAUCCUGAAACUGCCCUCUGAAGAGGAAGAACAACUAUUAGAGGAGCAACAACAGCAACACCAGAGUUUUGAAAACACUGGUGUUUCCCCAAUAUAAUUACAUAAUGUACAAAAUUGCAUUUAUGUCUAAGCACCACGAAAAUUGUCAGGACUUUGCAUCACACCAUUUGCAAACAGUAGAUAAUAAGGUGAAGGGAAAUGGCUCAAUUCAAAAUUCAUCCACCUUUGUUGGUCUGCCCUCUGAGGAGGAAAACCAAUAGGAGCAAUACCAACAAGAGAAUAUGGGAAAUGUCUUUUCUGCAAAUGUAAUGUCAUAAUGUGCAAAUGUUUAAUUAUUUCUCAGCAUCAUAAAAAUUGUUGUUAUUUCUUGCAUCAAUAAAAAUAAUAGAAUAAAAAGAAAAAA